CUGCAGGGCUAUUCCUUCAUACUAUAGCCAUGCCACUUGAUCUCUAUAUAUCUAGUAAGAAAAUAAAUAUUUCCAUGUAUUCAACUCCCUCCUUCGAUCUUCUAUAGCCUACUUCAUAGCUCUCUACUCCCCUCAUCUUCAUGUCCUCUAUCUCCGCCUUCUUGAGUCUUCCCCUCCUCACACUCUUUUCCCUCCCUCUCGCCCUGUUGGCAUGCUUCACCACCUUCCUUUCCAUCAUAUUUCUCCUCCUACGCUUCUCUGUCAUCUAUAUUGAGCUAUGCCUUGCCAUAAUCACAAAUUACUUCGUCAUCCCAACAGCUGCCAACACCUCCCUCCUCAACUUCUCCGCAUCUGAACCCACCACCCCAGCAGCCUCAACAACACCCAAGCGUCGCUCAGUCGACCACAGCUUAAACAAUGGGCUUCUCACUGCCCUCGCAACAUAUCGUCCAGGCUACAAUCCUCCCCGUCGAACAAACAGUUUAACCACCACAACCUCCACUUCCUCAACCUCCCAAGACACUACCACUGUCCCACUCUAUCGCAAAGAUGAACCCGCAAAUAACGCUCCCUCUGCCCUCCUAACCCUGAUCAGUGGCGACGAAGGCCGCGACUUUGAAGGUCUAGGCGGCUGGCGCUGUGCGACAACAGCAACAGCAGCAGCAGCAACAACCACAACAGCAAGAUACCCAGCCCAUCAUCUCCUCUCAGACACCGCCUCCCCCUCACCAAAUAUCACCACCAGUGAAUACGACGAGAGAGCAUGGCUAUCCAUCAACGAGAGACUAGAACUCCCCUCCCAACCUCUAUUAUCUAUCCGAAACAACAGCAACAGCAGCAACAGCGAAGCUCUCGAAUCCCUCCCUUGGAGACAUCGGCAAAUGGCUUCAGCCAGCCCGCCUCCCGGAGGCAGUAAUAACCUCAUUCGCAGUCCCCGCCAUCACCAUCGUUCCGCAACCACCUCCUUACUAUCCACUAGCCUGUCCCCUAGAUCUUCACUGCCAGACGCCGUUCCCGACCACGGUCUAGACCAUCCACAGCGUAGGGCUACCUCGCCACUACUAUCACAACAGCAAAAUAGUACGAAUACCCUCUUCUGCACGCCCUCACCCACCGGGAAGUUUCCAAACGCAUCGAUCCCUCGGGUAUCGAGCCCUACUGAAGGAUCAGGGGGAUAUUUUUCCUUGCGACCCGGUAGCACGAGCAGCACGAGCGGGUCAACAACACCAGGUGAAGAGCGACGAUCGCCUAGACCCUCGGCCAAGUCCAUGGUGCAUUACCCCGCGGGCGUGAGAUAUCGUCGGAGGAGUAUGUCAGGGCCGAAUAGUGGGGUGAAAUUGACCAAGGCGUCGUCGGGCACGGAGCGGGCGUUGUAAUUGAUUUAUUAUGGAACAUACUCAUCUGAUGGUGUUGAUUGCGUGAGAUAUUUCUGAAUAUGGUAUUCUUUACCUCAUCAAUUUUGGGUGGAUCUGACAGCGUUACGUUUACAUCGUCGUAGCGAUUUACCAAUCAUGACACAGAUAUUUUCAAAUUCUCUAUGCUUGCCAUUUUGUCAUCAUAUGUCUACUUCUACCGUUAAGGUAUAUACAUUC